AUGGUUAAAAAAGACGAAGAAAUGAGCGUUUCCUCGGAAACGAAAGGUCCAUUGAAAAGUUUUCAAGCAUUAAUGGGCGAAGGUGAAAAGUUUUCCCGUGAUAAGCUUUAUACUAAAGCUAUUCAAUGUUAUACCGAGGCUCUUGAUCUUUUGCCUCCCGAUGAAGACAAAGCAACAGAAAAAGAUAUUACCGAUCGAUUAAAUGGUCUAGUGGCUCGAUCCGCAUGUUACUUGAAAAUUGGAAAAAAUGAUCUAUCAUUACAGGAUGCAGAACAAUCGUUGAAAACCAAUAAGGAAUUCACAAAAGGUUUGUAUCAAAAAGCCGAAGCUCUUUAUGCCAUGGGUGAAUUUGAAUUGGCAUUAAUGUUCUAUCACCGUGGAAAGAAAGUACGGCCUGAUCUUCGCGAAUUUCAAUUAGGUAUCAACAAAGCGCAGGAAGCAAUUGAUAAUUCAGUUGGAGAUCCAAACCGUGUUAAACUUGAAGCCAGUGGUGAUCUAUCAAUUUUUUACAAAAACGACGAGGACGAAAGCAAAAAGAAAAAGAAGCAACCUAUGGGCUAUGUACGUGCUUCACAAAAGAAAGAUACCACUGUUCAACGAAAACAGCAUGCACCUGUAGCUAAUCCAAAAACAACCAAACAAAUUUUAGGUGAUCUCUAUGAAGAUCGAGCUUUUCUUGAAAAAAUUAUUAAUAAUACAGUUGUUACAAAAGCAAAUACAAAAACGGGUGAUGCUAUUUAUCAAUUAGCAUCAGAGGGUCUCGACUAUUUGGAUAGUCGAACAGAAUUUUGGCGUCAACAAGAGCCACUUUAUGCUCGUUCAAGAUUUAUUAAAAAACUUGAAGGCGAUGAAGAAUCGUAUAAACAUAUUCGUCAUGAACUUGAAGCCAUCGAUGAUCAGCAAAAUAAAGAUCAAUUUCUUGAUGCUCGUCGUCGUGGACAACGUCUGCUUGACUUCUGUGAUCGAUUAGAUGAAAGAAAAUUUGCUGAAAAACAAUCUGUACUAGCCGAUGUUUACUCACGUUUAGGAAAUGCUUACUUAGAAUUAGGUGAUUACAAUAAAUCAUUAGAAUAUCAUAAUCGAGAUUUGAAAAUUGCUGAAACAAAACUAUUUUCUGAACGUUCAUCACGUGCAUUGGACAAUCUGGGUCGAGUGUAUGCACGUAGUGGCCAAUUUCCACAAGCUAUUCAAGUAUGGGAAAAGAAGAUUCCUCUAGCAACAUCAUCAUUAGAAAAAGCUUGGCUAUUUCAUGAAAUUGGUCAAUGUCAUUUUGGACUUGGUGAUUAUGAACGAUCGAAACGUUACGGUGAACGAUCAUUUACUGAAGCUGUUGCUGUCAAUGAUACAGUAUGGCAGUUGAAUGCUAAAGUUCUUGUUGCACAUAGUCAAACAAAAUUACGUCAAUAUCGUGAAGCUGAACAAACAUUUGUUGAAGCUCUUGCUUUAGCUAAAGAUCAAAACGAUGUGGCUGCCGAACGAGCUAUUGAACGUGCAAUGAAAGAAGCUCAAGACCAAAUUGCUAAAGGGGCAGCUGAUACUCCACCUGAUCGCACAGAAAUAAAUUAUGAAAUCAAAGUAAGAAGCAACGAUAAUAUUCUGUAUGGUGAUGAUGACCGAAGCACAAUUCGUUUAACAAUCUAUGGAGAUAAUGGAAGCUCGGGUGCCAUUGAUUUCCGUACUGAUGAAAAUGAUCCAAAGAAAUACGAUGGCCAAUCGAUAACAUUUAAAAAGAAAGCACUAGAUGCAGGAAAAAUGACGAAGAUUACAUUAUCAUGUACUGAUAUUGAAUCAUGGCCACUUGAUUCCAUUGAAGUUACAGAUAGUAAACGAAAAGCAAAACAUAGAUUUAUAUUAGCUGCACCAAUCGAUGCAACAACAACCGUUGUUGAUUUAUAUCUUGAAGGAUCUAUUGUUUCUUCGGACGGAACAACAAAAGAUGAAAAAAAAAGUAAAAUGUUAGGAACACUUGUAUCUCGUCAAUCGCCACAAACAACGAAACGAACUGAGCCAGUACCACCAUCGAAUCGUACGAAUGACGGAAAUAAAAAUUCAAAAACAACAAAACCAGAUGAAAAGAAAUCGAAAACAACGAAAUCCGACGAACAGAAAACGCCUAAAAAGGAAACCACAACUGAUAAAAAACCAACUCCAGCAACAUCCACAGUAAAUGAACCAUCAUCUAAUUCAAAUAAGCGAUAUACAAUAACUGUUCAAACAGGUUCAGUAGCAUCAGCAGGCACUGAUGCAAAUGUAUUUUUAUCUCUCUACGGUGAUAAGAAUAAAAUUAUUCGAUAUCAACUUCAAAAGUCUAAAAAUAAUUCAGAUCCAUUUGAAAGAGGUCAUAAAGAUGAAUUUGAAUUUGACAAUAUUGACAUUGGACAAUUGAAAACAAUUACUAUUGAACAUGAUGGUAGUAGUAUAACCAGUGGUUGGUAUUUAGAUUUUAUUGACGUUACAUAUAAUAAUAAUACUGUCAAUUUUCCUAUCGAUCGGUGGCUUGCUAUUGAUGAAGGUGAUAAACGAAUCAGCCUUGAACUUGAACCUAACACAAAACCUACAUCAAAAAUUGCACCUGCAGUAGAAAAUGACAAAGAAGAAAAACGUUCUUCAAUAUCGCCUAUGGAUGAAAAAACUAAAAUUGAAUACUCUUCUGAAAAAGCUGAUUAUGAUGACUUUUUCGAUAAUGAUGAAGACACAAAUGCUGAAAACGCCACUGAAUAUGAAAUAACAGUUAAAACAGCUGAUAAACGAUCAGCUGGAACUGAUGCCAAUGUAUACAUAAGCUUAUUUGGUGACAAAGACAAACUUGAACGGCGACAAUUAAAAGAAGCAAUUGAUAGAAAACUUAAUCUAUUUGAAUCAGGUGCCACAGACCGUUUUCAAGUUUUUGCAGUUGAUUUUGGCAAACUUAAAAGAAUCCGAAUUGAACAUGAUGGAAGGGGUAUAGGUAGUGGUUGGUACAUCGAUUCAAUUGAAGUUCGUUAUGUUGCACGAAAUGAAACUUAUAAAUUUCCUGUUGAUCGUUGGUUGGAUUCAGGUGAAGGCGAUAAGAAAAUUUCACUUGAUCUUGAACCUGACAAAAAGCCCGGACAAUUAAAAGACGAAAAUAAUACCGAUCAAGAAGAAGGGAAUACAGAACAAAAGAGAGACACAACUGAUGAAUAA